AGUCCCUUGUUUCCUUGCAGAAAACCAGUAUCAUCUCCGAUCAAAUUUAGAAAUUUAGGGUUUUGUUUCUUCCCCAAAUCUUUACCAUAAAAAGCCCCAGAUUCAGUUUCUGUUCGGUGCGGCUUAUUGAUUCUCUAAAGAUUUCUUUUUUGGGUUUUGAGAUUUAAGAUUAUUGGAAGAGUUUGGAGUUUUUUAGUAAUGGAAUUGGGUUCGUUCACUUUAUACCAUAGUCCGUCACUGAAGUUGGACCAUGUUAGUGUGAAUGAAGAAGAAGAAGAAGAAGAAGAAGAUUUAGUGUUAGGGUUUGUGAGUUACACACACGGAUUGGGGAGGAAAAGGGUUGAAUCUUUGCCUCUUGAUCCUUCGACCAAUGUUCCGUUAUUGAAAAGGCAACGCGGUGAGAGAAUGAUGAUGAUGAUUUCUGACGAGUACAAUGAAAAAUCUGCCAUCGAAUCUCUUCCACAGGAUGUUCUUAUUAGGAUCAUUUGUGGUGUGAAGCAUGAUGAUUUGAAGCAGCUGUUUAAUGUCUCUAAAUCAAUCAGAGAAGCUACUGUGAUUGCAAAGAAGAUGCAUUUUGCUUAUAGCACUCCGACAAAGCUGAAGGCUUUCAGGACAUCACUCGAUCUUGAAUUAGACGACAUCGAGGCUCCUAACGCACCUACGCAAUGGCGGUCUCACAGGUCGAUCAACAAGAAGAAACUGUCUGAUAUCACGGUUGCAUUGUUUGUGUAAAUAGCUUUAUCUGCUUGUAGGGUCAAUAGGUGAGAUUCUUGGACAAGCCAUUGAAAUCUUCAAAGGUUUCGUUGAAGAUUUGAGACUUUGUAGCUUGUUUUGUGUAUGUACAUGAGGAAGAAGAAGAACA